AUGAAUGUCGUCGGUAACUCUUUAGAAAACUUAGAAAAAGUCAAUCAAGAGUCGGAGAACCCUGAUAUUGGACAGAAAUUGAGUAAAGGUGGUAAUAAUGAUGAUGAAAAGGUGAAAAGGAAGAGGAAAUUUAAGGAACAACAAACGGUGCAAAACCAUCCAAGAACCAGAUCUAGAAAAGAAGUCGAAGUUAACACUAUUGAAAGUGUAAAGAAUGUAGUUGCUGAUGACGAGGCUGAGAUUGAAAAGGAAGAUCAAAAAUUCGAUGACAUGGAUGAGAGUGACAAUGAAAGAGAGGAAUCUGAUGGAGGCACCGAUCACAAGGAUGAUGGUGGAAAGGAAGGAGAUGAAGUGGAUGUAGGUGAACAGGACAAGGCUGAUAGUGAGAAAGUUGAACCUCGGAUUAUCUCUUUUAUUGGUUAA